AUGGCAUCUCACCAACACGAUGCCGUUUUUCGCGAAGAAGACAUCGAGGACGAUGACGACGAGUCACAGGAGGACGAAGAGUUCGAAGAAGACGACGAUGUUUUGGUCGCCGAGGAUGAAGAAAACGAGCCCUCUCCCUCCACUGCUCUCGCUGUCACCGUCGCCGUCCCCGGUUCCGCCGUCCCAAACGGCGGAGCCGCUCCACUUACGACGUCCACCGCCACUACCAUCGUCGUAGUUGGCGACUCCUCCGAUCCAAAGCGGCGGCGGGUGGAGCCAAUCGAGGAGAAAAAGCCGCUGCCACUGGACGACUCGCGACGGCUGUUCCAGCGGCUUUGGACUGACGAAGACGAGAUCGAGCUCCUGCAAGGGUUCCUGGACUACACCGCGCAGCGAGGAUCCUCUCACCACAACGACACCGCUCUGUUCUACGACCAAAUCAAGUCCAAGCUCCAACUCGAUUUCAACAAGAACCAGCUAGUGGAGAAGAUCCGAAGGCUGAAGAAGAAGUACCGAAACGUUCUCAACAAGAUUAGCUCCGGCAAGGAAUUCUCCUUCAAGAGCGCCCACGAUCAAGCCACCUUCGAAAUCUCGCGCAAGAUCUGGAGCAGCGUGGCUCCAAUCGGCGACAAUUCCUUGGACGACGAUGAAAUCAACCCUAGCCCCAACCCCAACCCCAACCACAACCCUAUCCCCCACCCUAACCUUAAUUUUAGCCCUGUAAUUCUUAAGAACGAAACGAUUUUCAGGAAUUCCGUGGAGAAGAAAACACCGAAACGCUCCCGGCCUCGAUCGGCAGUGAAAGUCGAGUCAAACGAUGGAUCGGCAUCGAACAGAGAUCAUAAUUAUACUAGCAAUGCUACAGCUACGGUUACACCUACUGCUACUGCUACUAACACUACUGCCACUCCUACUACUACUACUAAUAAUAACAAUUGUAACAGUGGUUAUGGCAAUAACAUACCGAGUUUGAUCGAGGAAACGGUGAGGAGUUGUUUGUCGCCGGUGUUGAGGGAGUUGAUGGGAGCGAUGGGAGGGGGAGCGUUUGGCGGGAGAGGGUUUGCGUUGAACUUAAACCCUCUGCCUUUGAUGAAUUUGAGUUAUGGUGGUGGAGAAGUGGUGGAUGAGAAAUGGAGGAAGCAACAGAUAUUGGAGUUGGAAGUGUUCUCGAAGCGGUUGGAGCUGGUGCAGGAUCAGAUCAAGGCUGCGAUGGAGGAGUUGCGAUCCAGUGGAGGAGGAGGAGGAGGAGGUUGA